AUGGUCGGCCACGAUGUGGACCAAAAGUACUUGGGAAAAUACGCAAAGUCUACUGCAGAAGACAAAAACCCUAUAUCCGCGGGACUCUACAAACUACUGGGGCUUUCGACUCUCCUAUCCCGAAAACUACUCCGCGCACGAAAGCAACGCAAGUUAGACCCAACCCGCACAACCAAAUCUCUCGACCUCUAUCGGCAUAUCAUCUGGAUGGCUCGUGAGGGUCUUGGGAUUCUGCACAAUGAAAUCCAGCCCGAAAUUGCAAAUUACCCCUUGAUGAACGAACUUCGGGUUCUUAUCGCAAAACUCAAUGCCUCAUACCUCCAUAUCUUUGUCCUGUUCGAUCACACAUAUGAAACAAGAUCUACCAUGUCUCCUAGUUCUACAUUGAAGGCAACAACUGGUAAUGGAACGGCAUCUCGCACGAAUGGCUCAUUGGGUCCUAAUGGUAUCGCCUCUCUCAACAUGAAUUCUCAAUAUGCAUACAUCAAACCAACUAUCGACGCUUUCCUUAAAGCUGAGAAAAACGCAAGGGACCUGUUACCAGGGUCACAUCCUCUUAGAUUGUCAGUGAAAUUGGAAUACAGUGCUUUUCUAUACGACUGUACAAGGGACUAUGAAAAUGCUCGACGUGUUGCACAAAAGGCAGUUGAUGAAGCAUUUGCGUCUAUGGAUGCUAUGGACGAUGAUGCCUUUGAGGAUGCCAUGGAACGAAGCUUAGGAGUUUUGGCGAAAAGAAGCGAGCCAUCUCCCAAACCAUCUCCAAGAUUGGACGGCCAGGAGAAUCGACCAAAUAGGCAUGCAGCCCAAGCAGCUGGACAGCAUGUUAUUUGA